AUGCCUAGCCUCCCUGACCUCCCUGUGGUGCCUUGGGUGGCCUGGACGUGGGCUUUGCUGCAAAGGAAGUUGGGGCUGCCACCGCAGCAAGCCGCAAUGCCAGGCAAGGCACUCACAUGCUUGGCAAGCGUGGAGAUGCAGGCGUUGCAGGUGCUGGACGCGCUGUCUCAGCAGGCUGAACCGAUUGCGACGGGCUACUCGUGCUCCUGUGCGAAGACUGGUUUGUUUUGCUGCUUUUCUUCCGGAGAGGCCGCGAGGGGUCUUGCAGGCUGGUGCAGCAGACAUAGGAACACGCCCGCGCGGACACACAGCUUCGCAUGGCUUCGCAGCUCAGUCCUUGAAAGAUGGCGACAUGAGCCGGGCCGAGCCUAG